CAACACACACACACACACACACACACACACACACACACACACACACACACACACACACAGCUGUUCGGAACCAUGACAGAAGAUGACGGAUACAGUUGUCGCGGAGGGACAAGUCAAGUUUCGAGAUGGAAAAAAGUGGAAGACUCGGUGGGUCGUUCUUCGGAAGCCCUCUCCGGUCGCAGACUGCCUGUCUCUGCUGGUGUUUAAGGAGAGGAAGAAAGGGAAGGAGAAGGGCAACUGCCACAAGGAGAGACUCAGUGUGACACUGGAGGGGAUCUGUGGCGUGGAGCCAGGGCCCGGGUAUGACGGGGUAUGCUACACCCUCUCCAUCCUCUGUUUGGCACACACGCUGGUCCUGGGCUUCUCCAGCCGAGAUGCCUUGCUGGCCUGGGAUGCCCGCGUCCGCUACAGCCUGGGAGAAGUCCACAGAUUCAGUGUCAAUGUCGAACCAGGUACCAAACUGGAAAGUGGCCCCGCCUCCCUCCACCUGUGCAACAACCUGCUGGUCCUUACCAGAGGCGUCCCCCCUAUCGUCUUUGGCCACUGGAAGUUGUCGGCGUUGCGUCGAUAUGGUGCGGUGACAAAUGGCUUUGUGUUCGAAGGGGGGACUCGCUGUGGAUACUGGCUGUCUGUCUCUCUCCACAUCCAUAUUCCAGGGGCUGGUGUUUUCUUCUUGUCCUGUUCAGAAGGAGAGCAGAUCAGUUUCCUGUUUGACUGCUUUGUCAGGGGCAUCACCCCCAGCAGGGCGCCUCAUGGCCUGCGACCUGCCCUUCCAGCAGAUCCCAACGCUGACCCAGUGUUAGCAGAGGAACGGAUCAACCAGGAGGCAUCCGAGCUGGAGAAAAGACUCAGCAUGUUGUCUCACUGCAGCCUAGCGAGCAGCACAGCUUCCACCUACAGCUGCAGCACAUGUGUUGCUGGGGACGACCAAAGCAGCAUCUCCAGUUCCUCCUCCAGCCAAUCAGAUGCGAGCUAUGGAAGCAGACUUCCAUUUUGGGUGGAGCCGAUAGCUAGACCCCACCUCUCCAACGAGACAGUGUCAAACCCCUCUACUCUGAAGUCUUUGACCAGUUCAGAUGACCGGCUUUAUGCUGCUGUGAUGGGAAGCUCCGGGACAAGUCCAUCCUCCGCCCAGCUCCAUCCUCGUGGUCUCCAUGACAGCGGGCGGCAGAGCUCAUUAGACAGUGGGAUUGGGAUAGCGACAGGCAGUCAGUCAUCUUACUCAGGGAGCUUCUCCUCAUAUACGGGGAGUCUGGACACAACCAGCCAGGGAGGGGGGGAGGAGUUUGGUUCCUUGGCCAGCCUACCUGCUCCUCCUGCUCCUUCUUCAAUGCCUUCUCUUCCUCCCUCCACUCCUCCUUCUGCCUUUCAGUCCACAGUAAUCCCAGAGCACAGUUCUACUACCUCCUCCUCCCCUUGUGCCUGCAGGUCUAGCUCUUGUGCAUCUUGGAGGCACAGUGAGGAGUAUCAUAUCCCCAGUCUGCUCAGACUGCGGUAUGACACCCCCAGGAGUCUGCUCCAGACCCUGUCCCUGAGGGAGCCCUCUGCCCGAGAAGGCCCACCUGAGCUGGGCAGGGACAGCAGGAGUAGUGGAAUAGAUGGAGGGGAUAGUCAGAGACAAAGGUUCAGCAACAGCCCCACGGGACCCAGGGCUCAAUGUCGGGCCAUGAUGCAGCGCUCGCACUCCUGGGGCAGUGAGAAAGCGCCCUCUGUGGACAGGGAGGGGACUUCCACACCCACAGCCCUGCUGGUGCCUGGAGAAUUGCUCAGUGGAGGGACGCAGUGCAAUCAUGGUUUGGACAACUACAUUCGUCCAGAGCAGUGGUGGUGGACGAGGAACAGAAGCUUUGCUCAGGUUUUGCCAUCAGGCCCGCCAUCUGCUGCAGACGCACAAGAUCUUCCUCUUUGUGUGAGGGAGGAACAUGAUGACAUUGGGGAUGUUGGUGACACUGUGGCAGGUCUGAAGAGGUCGGUGCCCUCUCUCCCACCCUCUGCCCCUCCACCUCUGCCUGCAGCAUUGAGCAUGCAUAGGCCAACAUCAGACUGUGGUAUGUUCCUACCUACCCAUGAAGCUUCUCCGUUUGUGUCCCCGGACACUGGGCUCUAUAGUGACAGCAGUGUUACUUAUGUUAACAUCCCAAUUAGCCCCCUGCCAGCCAAAACUACCAGAGAGCUCCUCUACACAGAGCUGGACCUGCAGGAGCCCGGCUCAGCUUUAGUCUCCAAUCCAUACAGUGCUGUCAGAGGUAACACUUCGCAGCUCUGCAGACCCAAAGAGGGCUCCAUCAGGUACGCCCACCUCGACAUCACUGCCAUGGAAACAGCACAGAGAGUGGGGGCGGAGCAUGUUCAGGGCAGGGAGGACAGACUGACUCAGCUGGAGAGCAGGCGGCGAGGGCCACCAAACUGACUCUGCAACGCCCAAAUCGAUGACACUUAAAAGUUUUUUUCUGUUGUAUUGCUGUUUCUCUCUGAAUAAGCUAAAACGCUCAACUGCAGCUGAUCAUCAUACCAAUCACUGUUGUACUUAAACACACCCACAAUUGUGCCAGUGUACAGAAAUUCCCACCAACAAUCCAUUC